AUGUUGAAGCCCAGAAGCCCCCCCAAUGGGAAGUGGUCGACGCCGCCCUUCGACCCGCGCUUCCCCAACCAGAAUCAGACCCGUAACUGCUACCAGAACUUUCUGGACCACCACCGCUGCGUCAAGACCAUGAACCGCCCCGGGAAGAGCACGCAGCCCUGCGAGUACUACUUCCGCGUGUACUACUUGUGCCCCAUCAACUGGGUGAAUCGGUGGAACGAGCAGAUCAGGAAUGGGACUUUAGCAGGCAAAAUCUGACUGCCCGAGUAAGGCUUCCUCCGAGGGAUAUGCCCAGUGACCCCCCACCUCGUCCCACAGAGACCCGGCCUCAGUUACCUCCCCCUUUCUUCCAAGCCCU